AAAGACUUUUCAAAUAGUAUCAGAUAUUUGGGAGAUGACAGAUUUAGCACGAUACCAUGUAAUAAUAGCCCAGGGUUCAAAGUUGAAUUAUGGCCAUACCUAAAUAUUGGAUUGAAAUACAUCAUUAAUAUUUUGGUCACUUUCUAAGCUUUCAGAAAAUCAUCAAAUUUUUGAAAUUAGGGUCACAGUACUAAAGUUAUGGCUGCUGAAAGAUGUUCAACUGCUGCAACAUGUCCGUGCUUGAAUUAUAAUUAGGUACCUAUACGCACACUAUGACUGCACCCCCCCCACACACACACACACUCACACGCACACCCUCGCACACACACACCCUCCCCCCCACACACACCCCCUCCCACCACACACACGCACACACCCUCCCACCACACACACACACACACACCCACCCUCCCACCACACACCCCCCCACACACACACAGGAAGCAGAUGACGUCAGUAGCUCAGCGUAUGAAUGCUAAUGGAGAGGCUCGUAAACGUGGUGGUGGUAUGACCCGAACCUUCUCUCCCCUCACUCCUAUCAUACAGCGCCUCUACAGCAAGUCACAUGAGGCUGAUAGCAAGAGUGAGAAGUCCUCCAGGAGCCAGAGACACACAGAAGACGCUAGGAGAUCGGCUCCGAAAGUCAAGUUCUCUAAAACUAUUACCGAGUUUCCAGACUACAGUCGCUAUGCCAACCCGACAGAGAUGAAAUCAGUAUCAAGCCCAGGUCAAAGUCCAUCCCAUGGCAAGUUGGGUGGGGACUCGCUGAGGGUCAAAGGUGAAAGCUCGGAACACAUCAGUUAAUUAUUAGCAUAGCACAAACUGUUCAUUAUUUUUAUUGCUUAUACUCAAGAUUUGUAUGUUACUAAUGAUAGUGUCAUUUGCCAUAUGCACAGUGUGUAAUGUAGGCCCUGAUAAAUUAUGCUCAGAAUAAUUUUUAGCAUCAAUGUCCAUUUUUGGUAAAGAUCAUUACAUUAAGUUUUGCAUAACGACAUUUUCUGGCUUGAAGGUGGAUUAUGUCGCAUUUUUGUAUUUUUGAUAAUAAGCACAUUUUUCGAGAAUUAAUAGGUAAAAAUAA